CUUGCCAUGCAGUACCGGUAGGGUGAGGAUCACUACUACGGAGACAAAAGAGAAGAAGGAUGAGCGCUGUAUCAAGAAGCGCAGAGGAUACUCAACAGGCUGCUGGAGAGAUGUCUGGAGAAGAGGCUCCGUUGCCCACGGAUAGAGAGUUGUGUGACAACAGUGCCAGCGGGAACCCAGAGCAACCUCCUGGAGAUGUUGCCAGAAGCACAACCACUGCCACCACCAUUGCUACCAAUGGGGAACCACUACUAGUACCAACAGAAUCAGAUCGGCCCAAGCCGGAAAAGAAGGUUUCCUUUGGAAACUUGAACGAUAGUGCAAAUGAGAAAGAAGGCAAGCCUCCCCCACGACGACGACUCGGGUAUCACUUGGGACGAAGCAAACCCGAACCACCAGUCAAGCAGGAUACCGACGCCGCCGAUGAAGGUACUCCAAGACACGAAUACGCAUUCGUUUUGUGUGCUGGGGUCUUUAUGGCGUUCAACAGUGGCUUUGUCAAUGGCAGCUGCAUAUCGGGGUUUGUGGUGCCAGACAGAAAAUUUGCUGUUUCCAGCUUUACUCAAACCAUUACCAUGUCCUGCCUGGAGCUCGCCGACGGAAAUUACAAUCAAUUUCGGUUUCUGCUCUGCAUGUUUCUCAGUUUCAUGUUUGGGAGCUUUAUUUCGGGAGUAUUAUCGCCAAAUCCUACUCCCUUUCGGAUUGAGCCCAUGUACGGGCCGAGUUUCCUCAUUGGAGCUGUCUUUUUGGUGAUAUCCAGUAUCAUUGCUGCCUUUGAAAUCAAUGAAGAUUUUGUUUUUUACUUUGCGGCCGCUGCCAAUGGGAUUCAGAAUGGUGUCAGUUCAAUCUACAGUGAAAACUUGAUCCGGUCCACAGGACACAGUGGAGCCACUACCGAUAUCAGUCUUUUCAUUGCGCAGAUCUGCCGUGGCAACACCAAAAACACAGGGCGAAUGCUGGUUCUGGUCUCCUUGCUGGCAGCAUUCUGGACAGGAGGCUUGAUUGCUUUUUGGUGGGCAAAGCAGUUUCAGGUCUAUGCCUUGCUCAUUAAUGCUGGCCUGUUUCUGCUCGUUGGAGGAUCUCUCAUUGCAUACUUGGUCUAUGAGUUGGGCAUCUCUCUGCGAGAAGCCAUGAUGGGGUCAUGGCAUUGGAAAAGAGCCAUCAGCAAACUUCACAUGAGCUUGGAUCAGUCAGGAAGCUUUGUCAACUCUUUGACAGAAGAGGACAAACUCAAGCAAAUUUUUGACAAAUUAGAUCUGGACAACAAUGGAGAACUUGACAAACAUGAGCUACUCCUGGGGUUGCGAGAAGUGGGAGUCAAUAUUACAGAAAGAGAAAGUGAAAUGAUGCUGCAACAUGCCGACAUUGAUGGGAAUGGGUCACUCUCACGGGACGAAUGGUUGAAUGUGGCUCGUGCAUGUCAAAAGAAACAACGGAUCAAGGACAUCAAAGCAUACUCCAAGCGGCAUCGAGAACUUCGAGAAAGUACCAACAGUCGCUGAAGGGAAGACAACACAGUUUCGUUUUCAGUUCAUUUGCCACUGGUUCCAUCGAACCAGGUUGCGGGAGGAAAUGACUGCGAAGUUUUGGUUUGGGGUACCUUCGCCAUGUAAUGAUACCCAACUGGUAACCGUACCAGCCAAUGAAUGCGUCAGCAACAAAUACAUAAUAUGCACGUUGAAAUAAAACCUCAAGCUCGUCUAGCUAGUACGAAGGACA